UUAUAAAUUCAGUAGUGUAAAUACGUCGGCGGUGUUGGUCUUGUCGCGCGCCUUGUGGUUGGCCCGCGAGAUCGGCGUUCGAUGAAAAUCGAUACGAAUAUUAUUUCGUUUCUCUUCAACGUCGGGAAAAAAAACCAUUGCUGAUUGCCCGAACGACUCGACCAUGGUUUGCAGAUAGCCCAUUUAACUACUGUGCGUACACAAAUCUUGCACACCGCUGUUUGUAAUGUGUGGUGUGGCAAUUUCCCCUGUUAUUUACGACGCUCGUCGGCGGCGGACGUGUCGAUAUUCUUUGACGGUAACGCGAUGAACGGCCCGUAGUCUUCGCAUUGGGUUGCUGGUUGAACAUAGAAACUCACGCAAACGCUGAAUACUAUGCACUACAUCACGAUGGACACGAACACGAGUAAAAAAUUCAAAGAACAACUCAUCAAAAACGUGAAAAAAGAGGUUAAACAAAUAAUGGAAGAAGCAGUUACUCGAAAAUUCGUGCACGAAGAAAGCGGUUCCAUAACAUCACUUUGUGCUGCUGUCGAAGCCUGUUUAUCUCAAGGAUUACGACGAAGAGCUUUAGGUUUGUUUAAGACAAGUUCAACAACCGCAUUAUUGCAUAAGAUGGCAAAAAAUUUUGAACCGGCCACAAUUAUCAGCCGCAAAGUUCAAGAAAUGGAAAAUGCUGACCCGAACAGGCCAUUGUCGUUAUUAAUAAGAAGGGAUUCGCUAGCUCCACAGCGAAUCUGUCCAUGCAUGUUUAACAGAAGAAACUCAUUAACUUGGUUAUUAUUUGGCAAUGAAAAGGAUAGAAGGAAUUCUGUAAGUCAAUCGCGACAAUGUACAUGUAUGUUAACCAGAAGGCGCUCGUUGAGUUGGUUACUAUUUGGCAGCGAAAACGGAGACAGUUGUGCGACAAGAGCAGCAUCAGUGAAUAGCACUUUAACCGGCAGUAUAACGAUGUCAAAUGCCCAUCCGCCUCCUCUGACCAAGAAGAAUUCAGCUGGCAGUGGAUUAGGUCCGUCUUCAAAUGCACUUCCCAAGUACUUGUGGAUCCGAUUGGCAUUGUUUGAAAAACUAUUGGCCGUUAUCAUAGAUCAUCUCGUGCAAAACUGCAGCAAGUACUACGAAAAAGAUUCUCUGGUAGCGGAUCCGGAUUACGGAAGCAUUUUAAGUUCUCUCCUGGUUGGACCGUGCGCUUUAGAUUAUUCUCGCACCAAGUCAAACGAUCAAUUUUGGACAGAUCCGCCGGCCGACGAACUCGUACAAAGGCAUCGCAUAUCUAGUGGGUACCAUAUGUCUCCGCCGUGUCGUACUCCGAUUAACUAUCGAAGAAAUUUACACGCUACCAGUAACGAGGACGGUCAAAGACAAACGCCCAUCUCCGCCAAAGACUACGUGGAAUCGUUACAUCAAAACAACCGAGUCACUUUGUUGUAUGGAAAAAACAACGUUUUAGUUCUACCGAAAGACGUACCGGAACCCAUGGCAGGAUAUUUAUCACUGCACCAAACUCCUAGUUCUUUAAUUAUUAAAUGGACUCCUAACCAACUGAUGAAUUGUCAUUCUCCCGGCACAAAUCAAAACGAUAAUCCUGAAAUCGACAAUAGUGACAAAAGCCAGUUUUGGGAUUAUGCUAUGAAUGUCAAUGUAGAUGAAAUAGUGUACGUCCAUUGCCAUCAGCAAGGAAAUGACAACGGUGGUACUAUUGUGUUAGUGGCACAGGACGGCGUGCAACAACCACCAAUACACUUUCCACAAGGCGGUCACUUGUUGGCUUUUCUCACAUGUUUAGAAAACGGUCUUCUACCCCACGGACAGCUAGAUCCUCCGUUGUGGCCACAACGAGGCAAAGGAAAAGUUUUCCCCAAACUGAGAAGGAAAGGCCGUGCACAGAUGCAGGAUAUCUCCAACGAUCUGUCCAGUUCUACAGAAGAAUCUCGCGACUAUGUGUUUCAAAUAAUCAACAAAGCCAGACACGAAGAAUUCCUAUCGAGAGGGGAAGAAAUUUUGGACUCUAAAAUCUGGUCGAUGCCGUCGGCCUCGCACAGCAUGUUGAACAGAGUCAGAGGUCAUUUAGGAUCGUCGUCGACCAAUUCAUCAUCAUCUACGUCCAGCAGUCUCGACCCCGUUGCUUCUCCUUUGUUGAUAAGUACCAGUAACCAAAACAAAGACACUGGCGAUUCGUUACAAAUUCUCUGCGAGACUAUGAAGAAACAGAUCAUAUCCAGAGCGUUCUACGGUUGGCUGGCGUACUGUCGCCACUUGACCACUGUUCGCACUCACUUGUCGGGUCUGGUGAACACCACAAUAGUGGAACCCAGUGGUGCUGCACAGGCCGGACUGACCGGCGAGAAAUGGCAGCUGUUCAAAAACGAUUCGAAAUUUGGCAGCGACGACGUCAAGUUUGAAAUUUUCCGUCUCACCUAUUUCGGCGGCGUUCAACACGAAAUCCGCAAAGAAGUGUGGCCAUUUUUGUUGGGUCAUUACGAAUUCGGAAGCACGGCCGAAGAACGGACCGCGUUGGAUUUGCGCUGCAAACAGGAGUACGAGACCACCGUGUCCGAGUGGAUGGCCGUCGAGGCGAUAAUCAGACAGAAAGACCGCGAAACCAUGGCGGCCAAUCUGGCAAAACUAUCCAGCGAGAGCACGUCGGGCGGAGACGCGCCGCCGCCACCGACAACGCCGAACGCUUCCAAAGUACUCAGCCAAGAGCUCAGCAACGAUGUUUUCGAAGAGAACAUUAACUUUUCUUCUGAUGAAGAUAACCCGCCGAUCGUCGACGAAUCUCAGCCCGAGAUAAAUAAUCCGUGUAAAAAUGUGUCUUUGCGGAAAAUGUUUAAUUGGCAAUUAUUUAAUUUUGAUGAUAAUAUAGAUAGCGUGCAAUCCGGACAAACCGAAGAAGAGCCAAAAACAAACAGCAGCGACAAGAGUUCUUUGUCGUCAGACGAGGGAUUAGGAAAAGACGAAGGCACGGAAAAAGAAAGUUUUCAAAGUGCAUUUACAAAAAAACUUCAAAACAUAUCCGAAGACACUUCUCGGGUUUGUCCCACUUCAGUGAUAGUAACGUCAAAUAUUAGCGUUGAAAAAACGGUAGACAACCAUAACGAAGACGGUGUACUUAAAGAAAACGAAGAAGAAAACAAGGCUUCUAAAUUGACCGUCGACGACAACGAAGGAACCCACCACGAACAAAGGUCUGCUUGUAUAUCGCCGGCGAGUUCUCAAGGAGGAGUUUAUCCGGCGGAAUUGGUGGAAAAUUUCGGUCUGAACGUGCACAGAAUAGACAAAGACGUUCAGCGAUGCGACAGAAAUUAUCCUUAUUUUACACUGGAAAACCUAGACAAACUGAGAAACAUCAUAUGCACAUAUGUUUGGGAUCAUUUGGAGAUGGGUUACAUGCAGGGCAUGUGCGACCUGGUGGCUCCUCUGUUGGUGAUCCUCGACGAUGAGACUUUAUCUUAUUCUUGUUUCUGUCUGUUGAUGGAAAGAAUGUCGGCCAACUUUCCACACAGCGGCGGGGCGAUGGACAGUCAUUUCGCCAACAUGAGAUCAUUAGUUCAAAUAUUGGAUUCCGAAAUGUUCGAGUUGAUGCACGAAAACGGUGAUUUCACUCAUUUCUAUUUUUGCUACCGGUGGUUUUUGUUGGAUUUCAAGCGAGAAUUAUUAUACGAUGAUGUUUUUACCGUUUGGGAAACAAUAUGGGCUGCAAAAGAAAUGUCGUCGUCUCAUUUCGUUUUGUUCAUCGCACUGGCUCUUGUAGAAACGUACAGAGAUAUCAUAUUAGCCAACCAUAUGGAUUUCACGGAUAUCAUUAAAUUUUUUAACGAAAUGGCCGAACAUCAUGACGCUAAAACGGUAUUGUCUUUGGCGCGCGAUUUAGUCUUACAACUGCAAACGUUAAUUGAAAAUAAAUAAUAAUUUCGGUUGAUUUUUAUGGAUCGUCUGCUAAAUUUGUCCAAUUGGCUGACAUCUGUCUCUUGAUGACGUUUUAAAAUGUAAAGUACUACUCUGAAUCGUUUAGCAAUAAAUCGAAAUUUAUUACCCCAUCGAACGCGUUCACAGAAAGAAAUAAUACUGAAAUGUAUUAUUAUUGACUAUUGUUCACAUUGAACUAUUCUUUUAGUUAAAAAAAAAAAAUUAUAUUGGUUUUAGUUUAACCUGUAUAAGAUAAAUCAAAAUCAAACGUAUACUAUGCGGAUGAGCUGACGAGUUUAAUGUUAAAUGUAUAAAAUUAUUAUACAACUGAUUCGUUUAUUGUACUACAUUGUAGUAUAUGACUAAUAAAUGUUGUAAUUAUGUACCUAUAAAAAACGCCAGAAAUGUUAAAAUCAUAAUAUAUUAUAAAAAAUAACAAGCGGCCAUAUUAUAUAAAACACUACAUAUUCUGACUCGAGUAAGACAUUAUUGAAAACCUUUAUUAUAUAUAUUACCUAUAUUGUAUGGAUAAUUAUUGUGAUAUGUUUUUACGCGCAAUGUAUUUGGGCUGUUUAAUUAUAAUUGAUAAUGUAACCGUAUUUUGAAUUUAACUUUUAAAAAUAGCCAGAAAAAAAAUUUAUCUUUUAAAAGAUAUCUUUUCACUUACUUAUUACUUACUCUAUUAAUCCAAAUAAAUAUUACAUUUUUAUUACAAUAAAUGUAAUUUUUAGAAAAAAUACUAUCUUUAAAAUUAUUAUAAUGUUAUACUUAUGGAAUUGUACAAACGGCGAUUAUUAAAUUAUUUUAGUCGACCAAAUUUCAAGCGAUUAUCAAUACAACUAUUGUUUGUACCUAUCAGUUUAUCCGUCCUUUCAUCAUAAUUUUCUUUUCUUUAGUAUGCUAACAAAAUAAAUAUAAAUAGUAUACUAACAAAUAUUUUCAUAAUAUUAAAGGAUUUGCAAAUUAUUUUUGUGAAACUUACCUGUUACAAGUAAAUAGGUGCAAUUGAAAAAAUUGAAAUUACAUUUAUUUAUUACCUAUAUAAUUAAUUAUAAUUCAAGUACAACUUUACAAAAAGUCUAUUAAAAAAAAUAUAUAAUCUUUAAUAGUUAAACAUUAAAAUUUUUAUUUCAAACAAUAUCUGACUCAUUUGGCAUUCCUGACAAUCUGUAUAACCAACUACCUUCAUGAUUGACCUACCUAAGUAUAAAAAAUUAUUACUUUUGCACUCUGUUGUUUCAAACUUUAUGUAAAUCUAUUUCUUUAUUUGAAUGCAAAAUACAAUUGCUUCUAAACGUAUUGUAUUUAUACAUAGAUAAUUUUAUUUAUAUAAUAAAAUAUAUGUUUGGAGUGAUAAUAAAAUCUUUAACACAAAUCAUAAUAUUAUUACUAUUACUACUGUAUUUUUAAAUAUUAAAUUUAAUAUGAUUAAUUAUUUAUUUAUAGUAUAUGUUACCUAUUACUAUGUACAAUCGUA